UAAAUGGUGCUAGGAAAGGGGGAGGGGAGGAGGGUGUGAGAGCGAGCGCGAGCGCGGCCCGGGCGGGAGCGGGAGGCUGGUUGGUUUCGCAAUCGCCUCUCGCUGUCCGCCGGUUCCAACUCCUCGAAGACAGGCGUCGGGGUCGCGCCGCAGCGGGGGCCUCGCUAGGUUCGCCUCGGGUAGAGGCCCCCUAGUUCACAAAUUGGAUAUACAAGGUAUUCAUUGUGGAUGAUCAUGUAACAUUGAUAGUCAACUGGGAAAAGAGGUGCAUGUGAAGAUUUCUUGGCAGUUUUAGUGUGGAAAGUGUGGGUCACUUGUAUCUUUCUUCACCCUUUACGCUCCCGUCCCCACCAUUUCUAACUCUGUGCUGUGGUUAAAGAGUCUGUCCAAAUGAGCAAGACAUCCCAACAGAGCAGUACUGCAGGAGCAAAUGGAAUAAGUGUUAUUCACACACAGGCACAUGCAAGUGGUUUGCAGCAGGUUCCUCAGGUGGUGCCAGUCAGCCCUGGGGGAGGAGGCAAAGCUGUACCUCCCAGCAAGCAAAGCAAAAAAAGUUCAUCAAUGGAUAGGAACAGUGAUGAGUAUCGACAGCGAAGGGAACGGAACAACAUGGCAGUGAAAAAGAGUCGGUUAAAAAGCAAGCAAAAAGCCCAGGAUACCUUGCAGAGGGUCAACCAGCUUAAAGAAGAGAAUGAACGCUUGGAAGCAAAAAUUAAACUGCUGACUAAGGAAUUAAGUGUACUUAAAGAUUUGUUUCUUGAGCAUGCUCACAAUCUGGCAGACAACGUACAACCUAUGAGCACUGAAAGCACUACAACAAAUCCUGAUAACACAGGACAAUAGGUGUCGAUUCACAGUCUUGGGGAAUUGAACUUAGAAGAUGUGAUCUACACCACUUACAUUAGUAGCAAAGUUGAUCUGUUCUAGUAUUUAAAGAUCCUUUUUUGGAUAUUUUCUAGGUUAAGCACUGAAGAUUUGAGUAGCCUAAAAUGUUAACUUGUUUGUCUGUUUUGAAGUAAUGAGUUGCUUUUUAUCAAAAGUUGUAUAAUUUUUUCAAAAACAUAAAAAUCUCAGAACUUGAUGUUAUUGCUAAGAUCUGGAUUUCCCCAGAAAUGUUCAUUAUCUUUUUUGGCAUGGAGAAAUAAUAGUAUACCAGGGAAGUAGGAAAUUGGGCAGAAGUUUCUUGGUUUUAAUGGACAAAGAGAAUUGGAUUAAAAAAAUUAAUGUUAAAUAAUCUUUUAAUAAUCUGUACAUGCUGUAAUAUAAAUUGGCUGUUUGGAGACAGAUCAGUUUAUAAUAUGAGGGUUAUAAAUACAUUGUUUUAACAUAAUUAGAAGUUUUUCCCUAGUUGGCAUAAAUUGCUUCUCAGUAGUAUGGUUCAGCAAUGAUGGCUAAAGUCUUACAAAUGAUUAUUAUAAACAGGGGAUUGUAAAUGUCUUAUGUUGCAAAUUGAAAUUGCCAUACCAAAACUGUAAAUGGGAGUAAAUGGAUUAAUAUUUAUUCUUAUAAGCCUCUAUAUCAGUGAAAUUUGUUAGAAUUCUCCAUUCAGGUUUUUUGGCACUAUAGGGCUAUGUGGGAAAAAAAAAUCAGGAACGUUUAGAAUAACUCAUAGAAAAACUGAAGUGUGUCUCUUUCAAAGAAUUGUUAAACUAGACAUUUUUGGCUACAUAUAUUGAAAAGUACUUUAUGUAGCAUAGUAGCAGCCUGUUCAGUAUUUGGUUUAAGAGGUAGUUUUUAACAAAAGAAUAAUUACUUGAAAAUAUGUGGAUGACUUCAUACCUUUUCCCCAAAAUACAGUGGUAAUGUAUCAUUAAGAUGGCUUUUAAAAAAGAGAAGCUAAGAUGUCAAACCCUUUCAACUUAUUUCAUCAUUUAAAAUAUCAGCCUGGCAUAUUUCUUUUCUGGUCAUCACACUAUACUUUCCCAAAUCUUUUUGCACCAUUUACUUCCAUUCAUUAAUUUUAAGCCUGUGUCAUUUAGAGAGCAUUGUUGCUGAGAGAGUUGUUAGAAUGCUGAUAGAAAGUACAAAAUUAUUUUGUGAUUUAAAAUGUCAAAGGGAAGCGCUAGAGACUGUUCCAUUUAAUAGUAGCAGGUUAAAAUCUUAACAUUUUUUUUUGGCUCUGCUUUAUCUUAGCUGUUUUACUUUGUAAUUUUACAUGGGGCUGGCUUCCUUGCCAUGUAGUAGAACUUAUCCACUCUCUGUUGAGGGAAGGAUGCCAGACUGUCCAACAGGUAAAUCUGUUUGGUGUGUGCCUGCUUGGGUGGGGCUAGUUUUUAGCUGUAGUGCUGUGCUUCAUAAGAGUAUAAUUGAGACAGUUUAAGAAAGUCGGAGCACCUCCUAUUUACUGAGUGGAAUACUUUGCAGUGGAAUCUUGGGAGGUUUUCAGUAACAAGAGUGAUAAACUCCCCUUUCUUGACAUCUAAGCCAUUUUGCUUGUCAGGAUAGCUCUGGCUUAGGGGAAGGAAGAGAUUGGAAAUUCAGUGGGAUAAAAUUGGUUAUUGAGGUUUGGUUUAUAUUGUCAAAUUUGAGCUCAUUUGAAUCUUGUAUUAGACUCAGUAGUUAGAGUUGUGAUGAGUGACAUUGAGCUUGCUUAUUAGAAUGGGAUGGGAACUAGCUAAAGCCUUUGUAGUCGUAGCUCUGUUUGUGAAGAUAAGAACCAUAUGUCUUUUUAUGAAUGAUUGGAUUUUUCUUGGAAAGGUUAUGGCUUCAUAUGGAGAACAGAAAGAGUAAGAGGUGGGGGGGCUUUGUAAGGACCAGUUCACUGCGUGGACUUGAAAUGUUUAGCUACCUGUUAAAGCUAAUAGAGGUUUUGAUUAACUAAGUUACCCCAUAUAAGUCUUUAGAAGCACAUUGAAGCUUGAUCAUCUCAUUAAUAUUUUUAAAUUAGUUACAUAACUGGGGACAUCAGAUCAAUUACUGUCAAGCACAUAUGGUUCUAGACAUUUUUCUCUCCUAUAUCAUGUUCUGAAAGACACAUCCAUCAUAGAAAUAGAGAAUGACAGCUUAUAGAAAUCUAAUCAAAUCCCCUUAUGUUAUAGAUGAGGAAACUGAAAUACAGAAAGGUUAUGAGUUGCCCAAGAUCACAUAGCAAAUCAGCGACUGAACUAAGACUAGUGUCCAUGUCUCCUGACUUCUAGUCCAAUGCUCUUUGCUCUGCACUGUGUUACUAAUAACCUCAUCAGACUCGAUAUGUUUUUCAGUGAUCCCAGUGGGGAUUCGUGGGUGCUAUCAGGGUGUUAGAAGUGUGUUAAAUAUUUUAAGAUCAGCUAAAAUGUAACUUGAAGCUAUUUCUUAAGUGGAUUCAAGCUUUCAUGCUUGAGCUAAGUAAAUUACAAGGUUUUAGUUUAAGAUAUAAUAGAGACAAUUGUCAUAGUACAUAAAAGUAAAGAUACAGCUGUAAUACCUUAAUAUGUUGGGUUGGAAUGAGGGCUUUGGUUUUUAGUAGAAUAACAGAUAAGUACAUAAUUUCAAAGGAAAACCAAAUGUUGGGAAAUGACAAAGUUGAGAGCUUCUGAGAUUAUCAAGUUACUGUGUGUUUUUUUUAGUGCUGCCCUGAAGCCAUAGGAUUUGGUUUGCGAGUUUAGCCAUUCUCUUGGCCAGUAUACUAAGUUUCUCUAUAACCCGGUGGUCUUCAAAUUAUGUUUUAAUCUUUGCUUCUGAAGUGAUCAGUUUCUGAAUAGAAAUGACUUCAGUGCAAGAUUUCAUCAUCUAAAAGCUUACUGUUGCUUAGACUCCAUCUGCUUCAUUGACUUAAUGUUAGAACAAGUGCUCAAGCACUGUAGAAGACAUGCUAACAAGAUGGAACCAUGUUCUAGAAAAUCGGCAUAAAAAUUUGGAAAUUGACAUAAAUUGGAAGUGUGUGUGCAAUUUAAAGCACUUGAGCUUUCUCUGUUGUCUUCAGCAGGCCUAAAAUACUUAACCUAAACCAGAUAGUGCUCAGAAUACUCCACACUGCCUUAGAAAUAGGGAAGCUGGUUUUUAUGUUGAAUUGACAGAAGCUAGGGAGAAGAAAGACCACUUUAUGGCUGUUAGCUCUGUCUCUCAGGAAAAAAAAAACAGUACCAACUUGUUCUUCUAUUCCUAGCUUUUCUCAGUUUGUAAGAUUUCUAUUUUUUUAAUAAAAUUUGAUUUCUUCCAAUGAAUUUGAAAUAAAAAUCUUUGGAACAACGGUAACCAAUUUGCAUUUUUACUUUAAAACAUUGUAUAAAUAUAAGACUUUUUUUGUAUGUUGAACAAAUUGGGUGGAUGAGAGUUGGGAGAUCUGUUAUUAAGACUGAAAUGUUUUUGCCUCUAGUGGGAUCUAGAUUUAAAAUAGCUGGAGGAAUAAUUUCAUGUAGUAUUUGUUGAAAAUAAAGUUUUAUUUUUGGUUGUUUA